AAAAAGGAAAGGUUCCAUUCAUUGUUAAGAUUACUGAAACAAGUGUCCUUCACCUGAGAAAAAAUGAAUCUCAAUGAAAUAAAGUGUAAUGAAAACUAUUUGAAUGAAAUGCUUCUUCUCACUGCUCAAAAUCUUCCUAUGAUCAAGAUAGAAGAUAACUAUGUUAUUGUCAAAGAGCUGGGCAGUGGUUCCUAUGGACAUGUUCUGCUUGCAUUAAACCAAACAAAAGGAAAUUUAAUGGCUUUGAAAUUUAUACAGAAAAACAAAACUGAUCUUCACGUGUUCCUAAUCGAGUAUUGUGUUUCACUAUGUCUAUCAACUCACCCAUGCAUUAUUGGUACAUUUGGAAUCGCCUUUCAGACAGAGAGACAUUAUAUAUUUGCCCAAGAGAUAGCUCAUGACAAUCUCUUCUCUCUUAUGAAGCCUCAGAUUGGAUUACCAGAAAAUUCAGUUAAACGUUGUGCUAUCCAACUGUCCAGUGCGCUGGAGUACAUGCACAAGAAAGGCCUUGUUCAUCGUGAUAUAAAGCCUGAAAAUAUUCUCAUCUUUGAUCAAGAAUGUCGUAAGGUGAAAUUGACUGACUUUGGUCUCUCGUGCAAAGCUGGAACAUAUGUUGAAUCAAUGCCUGAAAAUUUGCCAUAUACAGCACCUGAGAUGUGCAGUCUAGGAACAGCAGAUAAGCUAAGUGUGCAAGGAAGUCUGGACACUUGGGGAUUCGGGGUACUUCUUUUUAGCAUAUUGACAGGAUAUUUUCCAUGGGUCUCAGCAGUUUCAACUGACAAAAAUUUUAUUCAAUAUACUAAAUGGCAUAAAAGCAGUAAGAUAUUUCAGCUUCCAAAUCAGUGGAAAACAUUUAGCACAGAGGCCUUAGAAAUGCUCAAAAAAUUGCUCGUACCAGACCCAAACAAUAGAUGCGUUUCUACUGAAGUCAUGCAAUAUGUCAAAACACCUUGGAAAAGGAUACUAAUUAAAACUAACAAGUACAAAAAGAUGUCAUAUUAAAGAAAUUACAGUUUGCAUGGUAAGGCCUCAUUCAGACUUCACUGUGGGGUGUUAAGUUUGCUUCAACUGCUUUAGUAGUAAUUGCAUUGUGAAUCUUACCAGCAUGGAAAAUUAAAUAUACACAAGACACCUGUCUGAAUGAGGCAAUAUUUAUGGUUUGUUUACAUAUACUGCAGGUAAUAUUUUAAAUUACAUUCUUAGGGUGCGUUCACACCACGUAAUUCCGAGUGGUGAAUUUUAACAUCAGUGUGAAUGGAUCUUCCGCGAGACCCAUUCACACUGAGCAAUUUCAGUGGUGGACAAUUCCGCCAGUGAAAUUGUUCAGUGCAAAGAAUAAAUAUGUUCAUUCUUCGCGCGGAAGUCCGCAAACUCUGCAUAGCCAUCAAUUAACGGCGCAGGGCUGCGCGGUCUUGCCACCAAAGAAUUAGAAACAUGAUCACAUGCCAAAAACCAUUACUUCCUAUAAAUAAAAAGGAAUGACAACAUGAAAAGUUAUCUGCUGGAUACAUUCUUGACAUUAAAUGACACAUUUCCACACAAUAGGUUUUUUAUUUAGGGCGUGUUCACACCUUCAAGUUUUUUUUUAUUGCAAUUAUUUAUUACAAAGCCAGAAACAGAUCAUAAGUGGAAAAAAAAAGACAUUUUCUCUAUUCAGAUUCAUUCCUGGUUUGGUAUUCAGUACCCGAGAAGUGUACCUCCAAUUAUAUAAAUAAAUGAUUAUAGUGUGCACAAUAAUGGGUUUUAUAAAUACAUUGGCCCAGAUUUACUAUUGGUCUACACAUUUUGCACAAAUUGUGCCUCACAUAAUGUCCAUCACAUUCACUAUGAGUUUUAGACACUUUUUUAACACUUUUCUGCAUGUCCAACAAAAGGGUUAUGAACUAGACAAUGUGGCAUGACCUUAAUAAAAGGGGCAGGUCUUAAGAUGCACCGAAAAUACACAGAUAUUCUGGUGCAAAAUCCAAACACAGUUUAAGCCAACAAUUCAAAAGACACAAUUAUUACGAAUAUCUUAUUAUCAAUAAAUUAAUUUAUAUCUAAUAUUCAUGACUCUGAGCCCCAAUUUUUCUAUAUAUUUUUAAUAAUUUUUGGCGCAUUGGGUACAGGUGUUAUUUGGGCAGCCCGAGUCACAGGUUGUUUGGGAGAUAAGAGCCUUUCUAAUAUUUCAUCAUAAGCCAACUAAUAGUUGGUCUAAACUGUGACUAGACAGUGUAGGGGUGAGUUCCCACAACUGACAUUCUGAACGGAAUUCGAGUAAGAAUUUCUGUGCAGAAUUUUAAUUGCAUUGCAUUUUGUAUUGAUUUUAACGCUUUUUCGUGCAAACUGUGGAAUUUCUGCGUGGAAAACAGAAGUCACGACACAACAGCAAAAAACAAAACAGUUCCCAGCAGACAAGUCAAUCGUGUAAACCCACCCUAGGAGUGCAACAAUUUUAUCAAACAGCCUGAGCUUAUGUGAUACAUUCAUAAGCGGUCUACUCUAAACUUACACUGUCUAAGACAAUUUUAGUAAGUCUGAGCCAUUGUAUAGCAAAUGCUCUUUCUAAAUAACAUAGAAUUUUUUAAAUAGCAUUGUAUAGCAGAUUCUCUUUCUACAUAGCAGCACAGACUGGCUUUUGCUCAUACAGUCGGCUGCUAAUACCUCUGACCAGCGCUUCCUCCAAGUCUGCCUGAUCAAAAAUCGGAGCCAACACUAUAAAAUCACAUAACAUUUUACAGUGCAAGCUCCAGUACUGGCUAUGGAAGCCUAGGAGACAGGGCAGAACACUGUCUUAAAGUGCACAGAUAUGAGCGGCUGGCAAACAAUCUAUGGUCAGUCAGUAUC